AUGAAUUAAGAAUUAAAUCAAAAUAUUUGGAGGAAAUUUUAUUAAGGUAUUGAGUUAGAUAAAGCAGAAUAAAAUUACGUUGUUUCUCUUCUACCUCUAAAUUCAAAAGGUGUUAGAAUUGAUAUGUAUGUUUAUUCAAAUGUUUCGAGAAAAAUGUAUUAUAUUCAUUUAUUUGAAACUAAGCAAGAUGUAUUAAAGUAUUAUUUGAAAUUAUUUCUUAUAUUUAAGGAGGAAAUUAAAGAAUCUCUAUAAUUAAAAGAUCAAUUAUGUAGAUAUGAUGAAAAAUAUUAAAAUAAUCUAGCACUUUUUAGAACUAAAGGAUUAAAAUUAAAAAGUAUGAGAAAACUAAUUGAGAGCUUUGUAAAUCACAAACCUAUAUGCACAGGAAUAUUUGAUACAAAAUAAUAUGUAUUAAGAAAUAAUAUUUCAUGUACUUUUAAUAUUAAUUUACAUUGGGAACCAGAAAAACAUAGACCUAUUUUAUUAGAUGAUAGAAUAGCAUUUUUAAAAGAAGAAGAAAAAACAAUUUAAAAAAAAGAUGAUGUUUAAUAAUUAUCUUGGAUCUCUUAUAAAUUACAUUAAUCAGAAGUGAAAAAAAAUAAAGUCAUUAUUUUAGAAGAUAAUGAAUAAAAAAUUGAGUUUAUUAAAAUUGAUUGA